AUGGCCUAUGACCGCUAUUUGGCUGUCUGCCACCCCCUGCACUACUCAGCCAUCAUGACCCACAAGUUGUGCUUUCAGCUGUCAAUUCUCUCAUGGGCAGGAGGCUUUUCUAUUUCCUUGGUCAAAGUGUCAUUUAUCUCACGCCUUACGUUUUGCGGUCCACAAGUCAUAAACCACUUCUUUUGUGACAUCUCUCCAGUCCUGAACCUUUCCUGCACUGAUAUGUCCCUUGCAGAGACAGUGGACUUUGUAUUAGCCUUGGUGAUCCUGCUGAUACCUCUCUUGAUCAUUAUUUUCUCUUACUGCUGUAUCUUGUCAACUAUCUUGUGUAUGCCUUCAGCCCAGGGAAGGAGAAAAGCCUUUUCCACUUGUACCUCCCAUUUCACUGUAGUCAUCAUGUUUUUCUCAGCCACUCUCUUCAUGUAUGCCAGGCCCAGAAGAAUUCAUCCAUUCAACCUUAACAAAGUAGUGUCUGUCUUCUAUGCUGUAUUCACUCCAGCACUGAACCCUCUAAUCUAUUGUCUGAGGAACAAGGAGAACAAAAUAGGAAUAGUCUAUUUCAUUUCCAUACAAAAUCAAUAUUCCUCCAUCUUUUUCUCAGGGUUCCUCUCAUGUCCUCAUUCCUCAAACUACAGACAAUAG